AAAAUCUCCUCCGGAAGCAGUUUUUUUGCACGUGACAUCCGGCAACAUUAGAGUGUAAAAGGGUAUCAAGCAAGCCGUUUGGAGUAAAUUAGUCAGUUUUAUUGGUUUUAAAUGAAGCCAUGUCAUGAAAAACUAGAAGUAGGGUUGCCAUCCUGAAGCUGUUGGAGGAAACGGCUUGUGUCAGAAGACCAACAUGACAACAGGUGUCACAACAAUGCAAAUAGCUUUAAAUCUGUAAGUGAUGGCCCUGAAAAAAACUUGUCACUCUGGAUAUAGUGAUACAUCACAGGAACCGGAGGAAUUAGAAAGUGUUUUUGAUGAAAAGAAAGAAAGAAAUGGACCCUCAGAGGCAUUCCAGCUGAAUUUUGUAACCACAGAAUGUCACAGCAGUCACAUGUAAACAGUCAAGUUAAAGAAGUCGGUGCUUCAGGAGGUCAUGCUGACAUGAAAAAAAUAAGCUGUUUUUUCUGUGGAUCAGAAUUUUCAACAGGAGGACUUCUGACACGACACCUUUCUGACCACACAGGAGAGCAGCUACUCAGCUGUGUUAUCUGUAAAGAUCCAUUCACUUCUGAGUUUGAGCUCAAAAGUCACUUGUGCUCUAGUGAGUCUCCUCAGGAUCAUCAGAUCCAAACUGAUGAACAGAUAAAUGACAAAGAGCUGCUCAGCUGCUCUCAGUGUGAUGAAAGAUUUUCAAAAUCUGAAGACUUAAAUCUUCAUCUGAGAAUUCACACAAAGGGAAGCUUGUUCAGCUGUUCAGUUUGCAGCACCAGUUGUAGCGACAAAGAGACGUUAAUUCAGCACAUGAGGAUCCACACCAGACAAACACAGUUUACCUGCCAUGUUUGUGGGAAGGACUUUGCAUGGAGGAGACACCUGACCAAACACAUGGAAGUCCAUAUGAAAAGGAAAAAGGUUUUCCGCUGCAGACCUUGUGGUGCUGAAUUUUGUACUGAUUAUCUUUUGUCUAAACAUAAAGUUGUUCAUCACUCAUUGGAGCUUUCUCGGGGCCAGACUGAGGAGAAUAGGGAGGAGAAUGAACACAUGGAAUCAUCAGCUGAUGGAGAUGAUUUUGAAGGGUUAGAGCCAACCAAACAUCCAAAUACUGAAGCAGAUAGUCAAGAGAGAAGUGUGGAGGCUUCAGCGUGCUUCAAAGCUGAAGAAGGUGAUUUGUGGACAGAGUCCACAAAACCUGAGGAAGCUAAGGAAGACUUAGAAUUUUUUACAGUCAAAGAGAAUCAGGAACCAGUUUUUAAUAAAGAAGAGGUGAAGCUUGAAGAUCCGAACCCUCCACAGAUAAAAGAAGAAGAGGAGGAGGCUGAGAUCACCAAGUUUCCAUUCAGUUCUGUCCUGGUGAAAACUGAAGAAGAUGAGGAGAAACCUCAGUCUUUACAGCCUCGUCACUGUCACAACGAAGAGAGUAAAAACUCUUUUGGAGGGGCAGAUCCAGAGGAAAACGAAAAGAUGUUUUCUGACCCAGACACCGAUGACAGCGACUUUUGGAAACCAAAUGGGAAACAUCGGUCAGGUUCUAACUCUGAAAGUGAUUCUGGAAGGAAUAAGGCCGCUGCGUCCCUCCAGCCUGAGAGCGACGACAGCGUUGACAGCGACUUUUGGAAAGAAAUUAGGAAACCACAAUCAAAUGUGAAAUCAUCAGGACAAGAAGCAACAGAAAUUGGAGCAAAAUACGUAACUGAUUUAAAACCUUAUGGCUGCACUCAAUGUAAUAAAGUGUUUCGCUACAGUUCCCAUUUGAAGAUUCACAUGAAACAGCACACAGAAUAUUUGUGUUCGGUUUGUGGUCGCAAACUAACCUCUAGUUCAACCCUGAAGGUUCACAUGAGAAUUCACACAGGCGAGAAGCCGUUCAGCUGCUCGAUUUGUGAUAAAAAAUUUUCAAAAAAGGCAACCAUGCAGUCUCACAUAGCUGUCCACUACGCAGAGAGGAAGUACAGCUGCGACGAGUGUAAGAAACGCUUUGCUUGGUACACGGAGCUGAAGUACCACCAGUGUGUUGGUGGUGCCUCACAUGAACAAACAUACGAGGAAGAUGUAAGCAUAAAUCUGAAACGUCGCAACUUUUACAGCUGAAAACUUUUACCUGCAGAAGUUAGAUGAAUGUGAUGUGGCUGUUUGGGUGAUCUUCUGCAGUGUCACAAAAUUAUUGUGUGCGUGGGUAUUGUGGCAGAUUCUGCAGCACAUAAAGAAUCUCUCCGGGGUUAAGGUCUGGACUCUGGAGGGCGAUCCAAAACUAUACCUUUUGAUGAACCUUUUGCAAUUUGAGCAUAAUGUAUCAUGGUAUUUUACGUGUUUGGAACAGGCGGUGUAAAGCCGGGUGUACACUGUGACUUUUUGGCUCGUAGCGUUCAGCUCCAUCUCAAACUACGACCUCCUCACAGAGCGAAGCUCAUGAGCCAUGUUCUCACUCUGUACGUGUGGCAACAACAUGUCGGACCUAAGCCCCGGAGACCAUCUGUGGUCCUUCAGGCUUGCCGUAGGACACGCCGGCGUUUAUGGGGGGUUGGAGAAGGAAGACAAAAUGUUUUGCGAUCUGUUUUAAUUGACAAACAGAGCAAACAUGCUUUAUUGGCAACCCUUGUUAUUGUAUGCAGAGCAAAGGGUAAAAAUCAAAAGAACCAAUGUGUGUUGACUCAGAAAUACCUGAGCAUCCAUGUUGAUGCAUGUGCUGUGUGAGCGGUUCUGGUACAUUUGGGUUAUAGUGCUGCUUCAACAAUAUGAGGGAUGAGCAGAAUAUCAAACAUGUUUGAUAUUUGUGCGACUGCAUGAUUUCUGUGGCCAGAAUAUUCCACUUGCAACUUCAGACUGGUGGGCCGCUCUGUUGGGGCUUGGAAAAAAUAGAGCUAACAUACCUGGCACUGCAGUCUGGUUCCAGGACGUUUGCAUGUUUUAGAUCAUCAACACAGCUGAUUUACUAAUCACUCCUGGAGAUACUAAUGAAGGCUGGGGAGACAGCCUGUCUUAGACUUUCAUCGUCUAUAUAUCAGAAGCUAAUGCAGGAGAUAGAGUUGGAAGACUAUUUUGAUUUUCAGCCUGCAUGAAAAACUCAGAUUGACCAAUUUAAAUCAGAAAUAAUAAUUUAAAGUGGUUUUUCCUGUGAUACACACCUUUAGGAAUACCCAUGACACCCACUGCCUGCUUCUUUCCAGCAGUUUUAUUACAAUUUGAAACAAAAUCAAGUUUAUUUAAACCCAUAGAUGUUUCCUACAGAUUUAUGUUCAAUAUUUGAUUCAUGUCUCUUUGAUUCUGUGCAGAUAUUAACUGCAGUAGCAGGUCAGGUUAAAUUUAAAAUUAUCUAAAUUUAUGUUAAAUUUGUAUUUUCAUUUUUGAAGCUCAUGAUCCAAUUAAAUGGCUCCAAUGUGUUUCUAGGUAAAGAAUUGUGAAUACUCUGUUGUACAUUGAUUCUUUUGCACAUAUAAAUUCUAUUAAAUAUCUUGAUGCUACAAAA